GGCGACAUACUCGUCUAUGUUUCAUGCCUAGUCCUUCACAACCUUUCCCGCCCAUUGCUGUCUCUCUGUCUGGCUAUCGCCUACACAACAUGGGUGUCCUUGCCAGGCUCAUUCGCUUCUCUUGCCCUACCUUCGCAUGCGCAAUUUCUAGAACAGACACCAUUUCAAGCUCCUCCUCACACCGAGGAAGAAAUGUGUAUUGUCUGUUGGGGCGAAGAAGCAACAUUAGGCAAGUUACCUUGCAAACACAUGGUCUGUAAGAACUGCCUUGAAGCCAUGGAGCCGGCACUCCAGACCGCAUGUCCCAUGUGU